AGCGAGGGUUAAUCUACCACCUUUAGCGAGGUACUCACGCUUUUGAAGAGCCAUUUUUUAUCCCCAAUUUUUUUGAUGAUAGGAUCUCAUACUAAUACUGCCCUCAAGAGUAUUGGUCUUGUGGCAUCUUGCAACAAGUGAUUUGGGUGAAUUUGGAUGUAAUCUAAAACUCUCAACCCUUUCUUGUACCAUCACUCACAUGUUCUACUACUCACUUCUACCCACCAUGGCCAUUACCACCACCACAUCCUGCCACCAAUCACUGCCCUACUCUGCUGCCCGACCACCAUAUUAUUGCCACUAGUGCCCCAAUGAGAACACUCUUCCUGCAAUAUCUUUUAAUUCAAUUUUCUAUUUUUGGUAAUUUUGUUAAGAAUUUUUCAUAUUUAUACCUGUAGAAACCAUUCAUUUAUACAAAUAUUGAAUUGAAGUGAUGUAUUGUGGUCUUCUCUUUCCUGCAAAAUACAUUUACAUCUGUUGUGCUUGCAUUGUCAAUGAGGAACUUCUAUUUAUUUAUUUUUAGAAGUAAAAUGUGUGCUCAUAGAAUGAGGAGGUUGAGGAAAUAUUCCAGCAACUCGCCCUUGGAAUCUAAUUCUUUCCGCAUUGCAGAUUUUUUAAUUCUCAUGACAGGGAAUUCCAUGUGGCAUCCCUUCCAUACAAACCUAAAUUCAAGGUUAUGCCAGAGGCUUGGGACGGCACCACCAGAGACCCAGAUGAGGUUCAUUAUGAGAUAUCUAUGAAGGAAGAUGAAAUGUUAUAUCAAGAAUUUGUGCAAAGGAUGAACUUCAACAAGAAAAAGAUGGCAGCAGAGGUAAAGUGCCACAAAUAUAGCAGGAGGCGGCCUUCGGAUGGAUGGAGUUUUACAGUUGAGAAAAUGGGGCCUCGUGGGAAGCGUGGAGGUGGCGGUGGUUGGAAAUUUGUGAGCUUACCCGACGGCUCCAGCAGAGCCUUGAACGAAAUGGAAAAAACGUAUGUGAGGAGGGAGACUCCUCGCCGCCGACGCAAGAUUUUCCCUUGAUGACUCUCAUUGCUGUAUUUUCCCAUUCCCAUCCUCAAGGGCGAGCAUAGAACUGGCUUUGCUCUUAGCAAACAGCUGCAAAGAUUCCAGUUAAAAGUGGUGAUAUUUUGUCUUUGAUAUUUUGCAAUUGUAUGGAAUAGGGAUUUUUGUCAAUCUGUUAUACUCCCUGUUUCCAGUUGUGUUUUUUUUUUUUUCUUUUGAUCCUUUUUGUAGUGCAAAAUAUAUUAGCCUUGCAUCGUUUGGUUCAGUUGUUAAGUUUUGAGCUAUUUGGAAGCUCUCGAAACUCCGGAAAGUUAUAUUUCUUUGAACCCUACCGUAGUGUUCUCUAAGGAGGUGAGACUUCUUGCACGGAUCAAUGUAAAUUUACAGGCCUCUGGGUACCUUAUCAUAUGUAAAUCCCCUUUUGUACCAGUUAAUCAACAUUCUCGUGGUCUAAAAA